AUGGGUGUGUUUGGAGCCUCUUUGUCAACUCUCCUGGAACCAUCUGCAGCUCAGUUAAGAAUCGGCCCUCUAGUGGCGGCUCGGGUUAUAGCAGGAAUUGGAAAGGGAGUUUUAGUUCCAGCCAAGUUUGCUCUCCAGGCUAGUUGGGUUCUAGUGCAUGAACGGUCAGUGUUAGUGGCCAUCACUGGACAAGGAGCAAUGUUUGGCUUGCUACUCGCCAUGUCACUAACUGGUGCCAUCUACAAGAAUCUAAGAUGGGAGUAUAUUUACGGGAGUGUCGGAUGUAUUUGGAUUGUUUGUUGGAUGUGGUAUAUUCACAACAGCCCUGAAAAACACCCAUAUAUCACCCAGGAGGAACUAAAGUAUAUCUUUGAACACUGUCUGUCAGGGAAAAGAGAGAGUCAGAGUGGAUUAUGGACAGCAGCCUUGUAUGUGGCCCAGAGCAUUACUAUGAUUAUCUGUGCGAUUUUGGCAGACAAUAUAAGAUCAAGAAAGUGUAUGAGCAUAACAAAUAUUCAAAAACUCUUUCAGUCAGUUGGUAACACAGACAUGUUUGUUUCAGCUCUUCUUGGAUCGGCAGCGUGUUUUGUUGCCCUUGCUCACGUGGAGUGUAACUAUUUCAGCGUCAUCUUCUUGCUGAUAAUUGAAACCAGUUUGUAUGGAUUUACUUCAGGAGGUGAUGGUCCAAUGGCGGCGGAUAUUGCCCCAGAUUUCGUUGAUUUAACAAGUGAUAAUUGUAACAAUACCAAACAAGCCAGUAUGCAGCAGUGGAGGAAGGUGUUCUGCCUGGUGGGAGGGAUUAAUGUCGCUGGCACUUUGUUGUUUGUGUUGUUUUCUACUGCAGAACCGGAGCCUAGGGCUGUGGAAUCUGUGAACUUACAGGCAUUGGAUAAAGUCCUCAGUGACUUGAGAAGAACAGGAGAAGCAUCGAAGAAGCUCAGUAUGGAAUACUACACUGAUUCCAAGAGAAGCAUCGAAGAAGCUCAGUAUGGGAUACUACACUGA